AGGCCCAUGGCAAAUCAGUCCCAGUGUUUGGACGAUGCGCCCUUUAGGGGCUUCCGCGGGUGGAGUCCUCCUAGCCUACCCGUGGGCUACAGCGAGGCGCAGCGCCUGGCGCUGGAAGAGCUCGUGGCCGCAGGCCGGCCGGCUUUCCACGCUUUCUUGCGCCGGGAGAAGAUGCGCUCCUUCCUCUCCGAGCCCGAGAUCCGCACUGUACUGCGCGCUGCCGUGCCGCCGCCCGGGCCGGACGACAGCGCCGUCGCUGCGGAUCAGGCGCUGAACACGUCUAUGGAUUGCUCGUCGCUCACUUACUUCCCGGAGCAGUCCGAUGUGGAGCCACCAGUGCUGGAGCUGGGCUGGCCAGCCUUCGUCAGCGGCUCUUUCCGGGGGCUCACCCGGGUGGAGACUUACUUCCAGCCCAGCUUUGGCGAGAUCAUCUAUCCGUGUAAGGAGAUGGUGCGUAAGCAGAUCCAGUCGGCCAGGGAGGUGAUUGCUAUAGUUAUGGACUCCUUCACAGACAUGGACAUCUUAAGUGACCUCCAAGAAGCCUGUAGAAAGAGACGGAUUCCAGUCUACAUUCUUCUGGAUCAAGCUUUUCUCUGCAAUUUCAUGGAAAUGUGCAAAAACCUUGACUUCUGCCCUGAAAAGGAAAAUCUGAUGAGAGUCCGAACUAUUACUGGAAUCACUUACUAUGCAAGAUCAGGUGCCAAGAUAAUUGGGAGUGUUCAUGAGAAGUUCAUGUUGGUAGAUGGUGUAAGAGUGACUACAGGUUCCUACAGCUUCACAUGGACUGAUGGGAAGCUCAACAGCAGCAACUUGUUGCUACUCUCAGGCCAGGUAGUUGAGCACUUUGAUCUGGAGUUCAGAAUACUUUAUGCAGACUCAAAGCCUGUGAACACAAGGCUGUCAUCAAGCUGCAGGAACAGUGCUGCUCAGGAGCAGCCAGCCAGCCAAACGCCUUGCAAAGACUUCACUCAAAGUAACCUCCUGAGAGCUGAGUUUGCCCGGCUGUCAAGCACCCCCAAAAAGCUCGAGAGAGAAAUAGAACGGGCUAGAGAGCUCCAAGAAGGCCGGGUGAGUGUAAAACGCCCUCACCUUAGUGGUGAGGAACAGUGGCAUGAUGGUCCUGAAUUUUUGGCAAAGGCUCAGGAGUCCAAGAGCCAAUCAACUCAGACUGAAACACUAGAAGAGGAGAAGCCCAGCGUUACGCUCUUUAACUGUGCUACACAAACCAGUAUUUCAGUGGCAACAGCCACCACCCAAACCACUACUCGAUCCAGAAUGGCGGGCACUCAGACAGCAGUUGUGCUGAAAUCUGCUGCCACACAGACAGGUAAUAGGGAGGUUCCAGAUGUGGUCCAGCACCAGAAGAUUCCUGACCAGAGGAUACCCAACCAGAGAAUGCCCUCUAAGGAAGGAUCUCCUAUUUCUAGAAAGUCCACCUCAACGUCUUCUAGUGCACGGUCACUUUCUUCACUGUCCUCCCAGUGCUCUCGGGCAAGUUCUGCUGGCUCACUGACAUCCCUUAGGUCUAUGGACUACUCUCCCAACCACCGGGGAGAGUAUUUCCGCAAACUAAGCCAAGAAAGGGAUAUCCACUACUCUGUCAUUCAGUCCAAGCUUAACCACAUGGUUUCUCUGCUCUCCAGAAGAGGGAAUGUAGCUGAAAACUACAUAGGUUGCCGCCCAAUAAGGUGCAAUUUAAAACCAAGGCGGCAGAUUAGCACUAGCCUAAUAAACCUCAGAGACUUUGCACUGUAUAGAUCAAAUGAUUGCUUCUGAAAAAUGGGGAAUGGGUGAGCUGGUGCAUGCGCACACAAGUGCCUGCCUGUGCACACCUGCACACCAACCAUCACAUGGAUUUUUUAAAAAUUGUCCAACCACAUCCAGAAGUUUUUCUGGGUCAUUUCCAGCCUUCCCCCAAACUUUGCUGCGGAAUGGAGAAAAAAACAUUGGCGUUCUAAGCCAAUAAAGAAAUAGUUUCCAUGACUAAAGCAGCCAUCAUAUGGAGACUUAGCCUGUGUUGCUUAUAUUUUUUGUGCAUCAAAUUGUAAAUGCUCCAGUCUGUGUUACCUUAUGAAAGUUGU